AUGUGCUGUAAUACUCCGAGCAGUUCACAGCGAGUGUGUAAACUGCUGGGCUCCCUCUUCUGCCAUGACUUGGAGCUAGGCAUCCUCACACAUGCUGAGGCAAGCACGUCCCAGGAGCUAGGCAUCCUCACACAUGCUGAGGCAAGCACGUCCCAGGAGCUAGGCAUCCUCACACAUGCUGAGGCAAGCACGUCCCAGGAGCUAGGCAUCCUCACACAUGCUGAGGCAAGCACGUCCCAGGAGCUAGGCAUCCUCACACAUGCUGAGGCAAGCACGUCCCAGGAGCUAGGCAUCCUCACACAUGCUGAGGCAAGCACGUCCCAGGAGCUAGGCAUCCUCACACAUGCUGAGGCAAGCACGUCCCAGGAGCUAGGCAUCCUCACACAUGCUGAGGCAAGCACGUCCCAGGAGCUAGGCAUCCUCACACAUGCUGAGGCAAGCACGUCCCAGGAGCUAGGCAUCCUCACACAUGCUGAGGCAAGCACGUCCCAGGAGCUAGGCAUCCUCACACAUGCUCAGGCAAGCACGUCCCAGGAGCUAGGCAUCCUCACACAUGCUGAGGCAAGCACGUCCCAGGAGCUAGGCAUCCUCACACAUGCUGAGGCAAGCACGUCCCAGGAGCUAGGCAUCCUCACACAUGCUGAGGCAAGCACGUCCCAGGAGCUAGGCAUCCUCACACAUGCUGAGGCAAGCACGUCCCAGGAGCUAGGCAUCCUCACACAUGCUGAGGCAAGCACGUCCCAGGAGCUAGGCAUCCUCACACAUGCUCAGGCAAGCACGUCCCAGGAGCUAGGCAUCCUCACACAUGCUCAGGCAAGCACGUCCCAGGAGCUAGGCAUCCUCACACAUGCUCAGGCAAGCACGUCCCAGGAGCUAGGCAUCCUCACACAUGCUGAGGCAAGCACGUCCCAGGAGCUAGGCAUCCUCACAAAUGCUCAGGCAAGCACGUCCCAGGAGCUAGGCAUCCUCACACAUGCUGAGGCAAGCACGUCCCAGGAGCUAGGCAUCCUCACACAUGCUGAGGCAAGCACGUCCCAGGAGCUAGGCAUCCUCACACAUGCUGAGGCAAGCACGUCCCAGGAGCUAGGCAUCCUCACACAUGCUCAGGCAAGCACGUCCCAGGAGCUAGGCAUCCUCACACAUGCUGAGGCAAGCACGUCCCAGGAGCUAGGCAUCCUCACACAUGCUGAGGCAAGCACGUCCCAGGAGCUAGGCAUCCUCACACAUGCUGAGGCAAGCACGUCCCAGGAGCUAGGCAUCCUCACACAUGCUCAGGCAAGCACGUCCCAGGAGCUAGGCAUCCUCACAAAUGCUCAGGCAAGCACGUCCCAGGAGCUAGGCAUCCUCACACAUGCUGAGGCAAGCACGUCCCAGGAGCUAGGCAUCCUCACACAUGCUCAGGCAAGCACGUCCCAGGAGCUAGGCAUCCUCACACAUGCUGAGGCAAGCACGUCCCAGGAGCUAGGCAUCCUCACACAUGCUGAGGCAAGCACGUCCCAGGAGCUAGGCAUCCUCACACAUGCUGAGGCAAGCACGUCCCAGGAGCUAGGCAUCCUCACACAUGCUGAGGCAAGCACGUCCCAGGAGCUAGGCAUCCUCACACAUGCUCAGGCAAGCACGUCCCAGGAGCUAGGCAUCCUCACAAAUGCUCAGGCAAACACGUCCCAGGAGCUAGGCAUCCUCACACAUGCUGAGGCAAGCACGUCCCAGGAGCUAGGCAUCCUCACACAUGCUGAGGAGAAAUUUUCAAUCUUAUCAAACUUUUAUGAAAAUAGACCUAAUUAUCUCAUACGGCUUCAGGAAGGGCAAGAUAUAAUUAACGAAGCUGAUAUAUUACGAGAUAGCAAAAACAUGAAAGAGAGCCUUAUAGGCCAGGUGCUCAACCCCCUGAUGACGUCACUGGGCCACAAGCCGCAGUCAAAUCUUGACCUUGAUGACUUAAUAAUUCCUGAUGUGAGUAGUAGUCUAAGUCUUGAGGCAAACAUGUAA